UACACCAUUACAACGCUGCUCCAAACAAAAGCCAGGGGUCUCCCUCUCUGACCGAAGCAGGAGGUGACGUCAGCAUCUCGCGUAUCUGCUCGGUUUAUUGUUGGUCUGGAAAACACGAAAAUGGGAAAGUGGAAGCUGCGGCGGCUGUCGUCUUGUCUCAACUUGACUACAACUUUUCGAAGAUAACUUUCCCAACAGAACGCCAUCUGCACGUCUUUUGAGUCACAUUUGGUUGGCUCUAGGGUGAAGUUAUGUCGCUUGACGGGGAUUAACUUACUGCCUUUCUCUCUUUCGUUUGUCCUUCCUCGGUUUGGAUGUUUUUCGCACUGUGUUAUCGAAGAAGAAGUGCCCUUGUCCUUUGUUUGUCUAAGGGAGAGUUUUAAUCAAGAGACAUGGACAUGUACGGAUAUAACGGCAUUUUCCUCGUGAGAAGACUUUUACGAAGCAAGAUGCUCGUGGUGACAAACAUGAGCGACAUAACGCAGGCAACGCCGCGCGGCUGCGAUAACGGCUCUUUAAUGGAUGGCUUCGGAGUUCUGAUCCAAGGGCUUCUCGCCGUUGUAGCUUUCAGCACUCUAAUGUUGAAGAGGUUUCGUGAGCCUAUUGGGGUGCGAAGACCGUGGAAGAUUUGGUUUUACGACACCUCCAAGCAGGCCAUCGGAGCUCUCUUCAUCCACUUUGCCAACAUUUUCCUGUCCACUUUGACCAAAGCCGACGCUUGCUCUCUGUACCUCAUGAACUUCAUCCUGGAUGCCACUCUGGGGAUGCUGGUGAUCUGGAUGGGGGUGAAGGUGGUGUCUCGCAUCGUGGAGCAUAAACAGUGCACCUUAUUGACCUUUGGAGAAUAUGGUGACCCUCCGAGGGCGAGUGCAUGGUGGGGCCAGUGUGCAAUCUACCUGCUCAUCAUGAUCCUGGAGAAGGGUGUGGUCACCCUCGUCCUCCUCAUCCCUGGCUGGACAAACUUGCAGGCGGUGCUGUUGAACUACAUCCCAAAUCCACAGGUGGAGCUGGUCCUGGUUAUGCUCAUCGUUCCCUUCAUAGUCAAUUCCCUGAUGUUCUGGGUGGUCGACAGUCUGAUGAUGAGGAAGUACAAGACCAUGACCGCCAUCGAGGGGCCAUCCGACAGUGUCAAGCAGGUGAAGGAGUUGCCGUCGGUUACCAGCGAAGAGGCCCAGGUGUUGCUGGGCGACGAUACGGAACUCUACUCCGACGACGACAGCGAUGAUGGCUGCUAUACUCCUUCUGAUAGAAGACUCAUGCCCAGCUGGGUAGAGGUCUAGACCUGCCAGAAACACACAUAGACAAACACACACACAUACUUGCAAAGACACAUAUUUUAUUGCAGCCCAGAAAUUCAUAGAGGACACACACAUAUGCUUUCUGGUGCUAUAAUUUUUAUACAUAUCAAGGUCAUGAUGUGCAAAACGUGUGUGUGUGUGUGUGUGUGUGUGUGUGUGUGUGUGUGUGUGUGUGUGUGUGUGUGUGUGUGUGUGUGUGUGUGUGCGUGCGCGUUAAUUAAAGUAAUGGACUUGUGGGAUCGUCUGAUUCAUGUAGACCCUGUGUGGUCGGGGUGUUUUGAUAUCAUGGUGCACUGAAAUGCAAGAAGUCUGCGCUUUCUAACGUUUGUCAUAAUUACGAACAAAAGUGCUUUUUAUCUUCCACAGAUGAAUAACACACACACACACACACACAUACACUUGCACCAUCUGUAAACACUCAAUUAACAAUCUGAGUGAAUGUCUCAUAUAUGUAAAUGUUAGAUUUUUGUAUUCUGCUUUCUGCUCUAAAUCAAUGCACACACUCGUGUGUGUGUGUGUGUGUGUGUGUGUGUGUGUCUACUAUAUGCAAAUACAGUAAGUGAGAUACCUAAACGGGACCAAGUUAUCGUGUACCAAAUUAGGAUUGAAUAUUAUCACUGUUUGAUGGGAUUACGAUCACUAUGAGACUGGUCAUUUUUGUAUGUGUACAUAAUAUGCACUGUUUAUUCCUGGGCUGCAUUUUUAUACUCCGAUGACAAUAUCCACUUGACGUCCCGCUAUGGGAAGAGACUUCUAGACAAACCUGAUUGGACCUGUGUAUGUGUGAAUCGCUGCUAUCAGACCACUGUCCAGAUAGAGGGCUGGUGGAUGAAGCCCUUCUGACGAGCAUUGAGCUCUUGCUGCAUUUGACCGGUCAUCCUCACAGGCAUUGGAGGAACUCUUUUACCAUUCCUGUUUUUAACCUCAAAUCAGUUAAGCAUUUUAGAACAUUCACACAAUUCUUGACUUCUAAGUCAAAAUCUAGAAUGUUGAGACAUGUACAAGUUCUAGAACAAUGAUGACCAACUGCUGCACCGAGAUAUAUCCUCAGUCUAUCAUAAUAUUUAUAUUAUAAACAUUGUCAUUGUAAUCUUUGAGGUGUGGUCAUGGCGAUGCUUCAUUUUACUGGGUUUGGGAAAGCCAUAACUGUCACAAAUGGUCCAGAGUAUACUGUUGAACCACCAUGAAGGAUGCUUCAAAACACCGUUUAUACAUUUCAGCGGGAUGUUUUCAAUCAAUAUCAUGCCUCUUAUGAACGUUAAUCUAGUGUUUUUGAUGACCCGUAUUGUUGAUGUUUUUUUUUUAAUAGAAAAUGUUAAAUUAAUUUUGAUGUAAUUUUUCCUUUCGAGGGGCCAAAUUGUACAUCGACUUGUUUACUCUCACCAAAAAAUUGUGUCUCAGCGUGUUGAUGCUGCGUUUAUCAAGUUAGUUAUUAAUUUUGGUGAAUUGUGUGUUUUGGAAAACUGUUGAUAGAUGAUGUGAACAUGUUUGUUGAGGGAAAAUGUAUCCGUCCUGGAGUCAAGAGUGUAUGUGGGGAGAUUUUAUUUACCAGUGUUCACUCUUUAUACUAUAAAUAAAAACUUUGAUUACAGAACA